AUGCGUACAUGAAGCCUGAUUAAGACGGUGAGAAGAGCAAAAAAGGGAAAGGAAAGGGAACGCAUUUAUGUUUCAUACUCGGAGCUUUAUUCGACCUCCUUCAACCCUGAACAUCUGGAUCGUAGCGCCUUUGUGCCAGUGACCAAUUAGGGAACGAUAAAUCAAUUAAUGUUUAUGAAUAUCCGAGCAUUUUAUAGCCGUCAUCUUUCCAAAUAUUUUUAAUAGCCCAUGUUAUUAACCACACCGAAGAGGUUUUAUCGCGUAUUUUCAGAAGGUGGGAGUGCAUCUGGAGCUUGAGAUCGGAGCGCGUCAAGUGAGCGCGCUUGCAGCAAUCCAACAAGUGGACGCGUAGAUUUGCUGAAAGCAGAAUUAAUACCAGGCAGUCAGAUGAUUUGAAACCUCCUAUUUUUUUUAAGGAAUGCCUGCUUAAAUCAGGGAGAAACACCCUCCGCUACAUAAUGUGGAGCUCGUCUGAACCAAUCGUCGUGUAACGGUCAACGCAUUUGCGCGCAGCGUGCACUUUUCAAAUGGCUAUAUUGUUUUGAACUGAACUGCAGUGAGGUAAGACACCCUCUACAUUUCUUUAGCUCUUCAUUCAUGGACCCGAAAGAAGAGUGAAGCGCACGCCCUGCGCAAUUCACUGCAUCUCCCAAUUCACCCCCAAGCUCUCCAUCCAUGGACACGCAGCUCGGUUCCCUCGGUGAAUGCGGGGGGAAGUUGGAAUCAUCUCUAUAGACAAUUUCUGUAUGACGAGAGUGGCGGUGGGAGAAAGAGAUUGCAGCCAUGCCGAUGCAUCCAGUAACCUCCACGUUGAUGUACCGGGGCAUCUGCACCAUCCCCGACAUCCUCUCCUACAGCGCCCCGGUGAACCUGCCCGAAGACGAGGUUGAAGAGAUCCGCGAGGCCUUCAAGGUGUUUGAUCGUGAUGGAAAUGGGUUUAUCUCAAAGCAAGAGCUGGGAAUGGCCAUGCGCUCUCUGGGCUACAUGCCAAAUGAGGUGGAGCUGGAGGUCAUCAUCCAGAGACUUGACAUGGAUGGCGAUGGCCAGGUGGACUUUGAGGAGUUUGUUACUCUUUUGGGUCCAAAGCUGACAGCGGCUGGGAUGCCAGACAAGUUCAAUGGCACUGACUUUGACUCAGUGUUUUGGAAGUGUGACAUGCAGAAAUUGACUGUUGAGGAGCUGAAGAGGCUUUUGUAUGAUACCUUCUGUGAUCAUCUUUCUAUGAAAGACAUUGAGAAUAUCAUUAUGACUGAGGAGAACCACAUAGAGAACCCUGAGGACUGCCAGGUGGAUAUAGACAGCUCCGGCCCAACGCAGCACGUCAAACAAACAUGUGUGCGCAAGAGCCUGAUUUGCGCCUUUGCUAUUGCUUUCAUUAUCAGUGUCAUGCUCAUUGCAGCCAAUCAAGUUCUGCGAAGUGGCAUGAAGUAAAACCAGUGGAACUCUAAUGGCCUUGAUGUCCACCUAACGGCUACUAUACAAAAAAUGACUAAAGAGACAGUUUAAAAAGGAGAAAAUGGACAAUCACAGAACUGCAAAACACACCAACAGAUGACUGCAGAGUAACUAGACCCACCAAGGACACUUGAUGAUUAGAUUUGUCUCAGUAAUAGACAAACUGAUCCUUUCAAGGACACAAGGAUAUCAUUUACAAAGAUACAGAAGUGUACCGAACUGCUGACAUUACAUAUCAGUCUUCACAAAACAAUGACUAUUCAUGAGCUGUGUGCAUUGAGCAGAAUUAUAUUCAGAGUUGUGUGCGCUCUCAAGAGUACUCUCUUGGCUCUCCAGUUUUGUAUUUGUUCAGUGUACCAUGUCGUUUGGCACAAAUUAAAAAAGAAAUCUCUUAGAAAUUGUCGGAAUGUUAGAAGUAAUGCAUUACAGAGGCUGAAAAAGGUUAGGACGUGCAAGGUCUGAAGUGCAUGUUGCUGAGUGGUGCGACAUUGUUCAAAAAACAGUAGGGAAUAAGAAUCACUUGGCAAACGUCAAAGAUAAUGGAGAGGGUUUGCUGGUAGGUGAUUGUUUGUGUGAUUUCAUUCAUUUAUAGUAUGCUGGGCUUAAUUUAAACUCAAUGGAGAAGAGUUUAGCAGGUGAACAGAUCUCAACAGGACUGAGUGGACAGAUGACUGGCCAAAAAGGGGCGAGACAUGCAGCAAACCUUUGACACACUGCUUUCGAGGCCUCAUAGGCGUACUAUCAUCUAUGCAUGAAAUGCAUGGAUUUAAACAGCUGUCUUGAUACAUUUGUAAAAGUUCAUAUUAAUGUAUGAAUCUUCAUCACUGUGCUGUUUUCACUAUGUACGGUAAAACUGUGAGCAAGACGUGUGGUAAAAGAUGAGGGCAGUUGCAAUGAAAGUAAAGAAUUCAACUGCAUAUAAACAAAUUGUUGCUUUUUGGACAGGCUGGUUUAAAAAUAUAUAUUUUGGUAUAGCUUACCUACUGAUGUUUUGUCAUGCCUGGUGCUUAGUGAUCUUUCACCACCACAGGGCAGCCACUGUCUUCAAGAUAUGUCAGCUGUUUUAAAAAUAUGCAUUUAAACUGAUCUGGUGUGUAGUUAAGAUUCAAAUAUGAAGGAAUGUACUUGUUCGUUUUUUUCUGUCUGUAUGCAUUGCUACAGAGCAAUAAUUAUGUAAAAUAAAUGUUGUGUAGUGCUGUGAACUCUUCAGCUGUUACUGGAUCCACAUAUAGUUGAUAGACUCACUGAAAAAACUGGGUUUUGGCAAUAGAAGAAUAAUUAAAUUCCCUACAUUUUAAAUAGGUAAAAUGAGUUUGAAAUAAGCAAAACUGGAUUGUAAAUAUUGCAAUAAAAAAAAAAAAAAACAGCACCACACUGAUUUGAUUUAGUUUAGAUCUGGAUUCAUGUGCAUGCAUUUUGAUGAUGUCAUCUGUAUUGUGCAAUUACAAAAGCCAAGGAAAGACAUGUUGCAUCUUAAACUGAUCAGAAACAACAUGGCAUGAAGUCUCUUGGAGACUCAUUGUUCAAAUAAAAAUGUUCUGUAGUUGCCCUUUUGCAAGGACAUCUUUUUUUAACCUUAAUUUAAAUGACAAAUUGCAAAUAAAAGUCUUGAAAGAUCAAAAUAUGGAAAAGUAGAUUUUCACAAUUACCUAAAUGUGUGACUUCACAAUGCAACAAUCUAAAUUAUUUGCAUCCAGUAAUUAUACUUUAUUCAGGAUUACUGAUGGGGUACUCCAAAGCCAGUGACAAAUUUGACUAUUUUUCUGCCUGAUGAACUAGUGUUUUCUGAUGCAACUCUACUCUUUCUCAAAAGAAUCAACUUUAUAGAUAACAUACUCAGAAAAAUCAUGAUAAUUUACAACACAUACCUUUGUCCCCAUUUAGCACUUUAAAGUGUGCUGCAACACACAACCACUCACUGUCAUGAUUGUUCAUCCAUUUCCAGGAAGAGUGUUGUCAUAAACAAUUGCUUUACAAUGGAUGUAUUUAUUUUUGAUAAGAAUGUGAAAGAACUGAUAUUAACUGAGGGCAAAUAAUUAUAAUUCAGUUAUCUGUAGUCUUUUGGACACUGGCAUUGUACAUAUACAUAAAAAUCUGUUUUAUGUAUUAUUUAUCAACAGAGUCAACUGUACAAAUUUAUUUUCCAUUAACAGAUAAUACUAAUUAAAAAACCUAUCCAAACUUGUUGAUAGCCUGCUGAACCUUCUCUCCACGGUACUGUACUUUUGAUACGUGUCCUUGGAUCUUGCAAAAAUGUUUAUUGAAUCCAUAAUAUCUGUUCAUUGACCUCAGAUGUUUUUUUUCUGCCUGUUGGGUUGUAUUUCAUAUGAAUAAACCCAUAUAGCAACUUUG